AUGUGGCACACCUCGAGCGAGCUCGAGGGGUACGGGCAACAGGACGCGCACUCCUUCUUCCUGGCUGCUCUGGACCAGAUCCACGCGCACGCCAAGGGUCAGCUGAGUAGCUGCAACUGCAUCGCGCACCAGACCUUUGCCGGCUUCCUCGUGAGCACCGUGACGUGCAGUGCGUGCGCGGCCAAGAACACGACGAUAGACCCGAUCCUCGACAUCCAGCUCGACUUCCCGCCCAACCCGGGUCCGGAGCCGCUCACGCUCGCGGCGAUGCUGAGGCGGUAUUGUGCCGAGGAGAAGAUCGGGGGCGGCUCAUACCGGUGCGAGCAGUGCGGAGGCGGGCCAAAAGUGCACGCCACGCGCAAGCUGGCAAUCAAGAAGCUCCCGCCCGUGCUCAGCUUCCAGAUGAAGCGGUUCGCGCACGGCGCAACGAGCUCAAAGGUCGAGCUGCCCGUCAAGUUCCCGAGCCACCUCAACAUGCGUCCCUAUGUCGACGACACGGAAAACGAGUCUGUCCCCGAGAGCCUGUUCGCUUAUGAUCUGUUUGCGGUCGUCACGCACGAGGGCAAGUUAGACAACGGCCACUACUGGGCCCACGUUCGCAGCGGCGACGAGUGGUGGCAUUGCGACGACGACAAGGUCACCCCCACCACUCUGGCAGGCGCACUCGCGCAGAAGGCGUACAUGCUCUUCUACGUCCGCAAGAGCCUCGCGUACGCCCAGCCCAUGAGCGUGCUUCUCAACGCCAAGCCGAACGGCACCGCCAACGGCACGGCCAACGGCCACUGA